CGGGGAUCUGUUGCAAUGAGAAGGCCCCUUUGUGUGUUGUCAACGUAUAUAACACAUCUCUGCCGCAGUUUCUUUCUUUGGAAUAAUGUCGGCUGAAUAUGACAAUAGAGAGAAUGGCCCAGAAGGCAUGGAGCCCGAUGGGGUCAUUGAGAGCAACUGGACGGAGAUCACAGACAGUUUUGAUGAGAUGAAUCUGCGUGAGGCUCUCCUCAGAGGAAUCUAUGCCUAUGGUUUUGAGAAGCCCUCUGCUAUCCAGCAGAGAGCCAUUAUGCCUUGUAUCAAGGGUUACGAUGUGAUCGCUCAGGCCCAGUCUGGCACUGGGAAGACUGCCACCUUUGCCAUCUCCAUCCUCCAGCAGAUUGAUGUGGAGCUGAAAGGCACUCAGGCUCUGGUCUUGGCUCCCACCAGGGAGCUGGCUCAGCAGAUCCAGAAGGUGGUUCUGGCCUUGGGCGACUACAUGGGAGCCAGUUGCUACGCCUGUAUUGGAGGGACCAACAUUCGCAGUGAAGUCCAGAAACUUCAGGCUGAAGCCCCUCACAUUGUGGUGGGGACCCCUGGCCGCGUCUUCGACAUGUUGAGUCGCAAAAAUCUCUCUUCCAAGUUGAUCAAAAUGUUUGUUCUGGACGAGGCUGAUGAGAUGCUUAGUCGAGGGUUCAAGGACCAGAUCUAUGAGAUUUUCCAGAAACUGCCAAGCAACACACAGGUUGUCCUACUGUCAGCCACCAUGCCAGCUGAUGUCUUGGAGGUCACAAAGAAGUUCAUGCGUGAGCCCAUCAGAAUCCUGGUGAAGAAGGAGGAGCUGACCCUUGAGGGUAUCCGUCAGUUCUACAUCAAUGUGGAGAAAGAGGAAUGGAAGCUGGACACGCUGUGUGACUUGUACGAAACCCUGACCAUCACACAAGCGGUCAUCUUCAUCAACACAAGGAGGAAAGUGGACUGGCUGACUGAGAAGAUGCAGGCCAGAGACUUCACAGUGUCUGCCCUGCACGGUGACAUGGACCAGAAAGAGAGAGACUUGAUCAUGAGAGAGUUCCGCUCUGGAUCCAGUCGAGUCCUGAUCACCACUGACCUGCUGGCCAGAGGUAUUGAUGUUCAGCAGGUGUCCCUAGUCAUCAACUACGACCUGCCGACCAACAGGGAGAACUACAUCCACAGGAUUGGUCGCGGUGGUCGUUUCGGCAGAAAGGGCGUAGCCAUCAACAUGGUGACUGAGGACGACAAGCGAACCCUGAGGGACAUUGAGACAUUCUACAACACCACCGUCGAGGAGAUGCCCAUGAAUGUGGCCGACCUUAUCUAAACUACUCCAAGCGCCCUUUGCCACCCCCUCUCCACUUUUAUUUUAGCAGUCAAACCUUGUUUCUUAUACGAUCUGAAUUCUGAGAACUUCCUUUUGCUAAAUUCCACAAUGACUUUACCCUCUACAUUCUAAAGAAUGAAUGUGGCCAUUAUUCCUCCUUUACCUUUGGAAAAAGGAAUUGAAUUGGUGGUUAUGGAAGGAUGAAUUACUGACCUGCCUCAUUUGCUUGCCAUAGUCCAUUACCUCCUAUUGGCACCUAAAUUCCUUUCUGCAGCUAACUCCCCAUAUAAACCUUAAAGCAUUGAAUAAAAUAUAUUUUUGCAAACUGAAGACUUAAAACAUCAAACAAAUCAGUGUGUUACCGGGUCCCAGAAGUGCAAAAACAUGACCGCGUUUCCAAAAGCACAUUAACAUUAGAACCCCAAAUGAUCAAAAGUCUUAGUUCUGACUGUUGGCAAAUUAGCAACCUGGCUCAAUUGAUAACAUGCUGGAGGCGGCGGCGCUUUUGUGAAAUGUGGCUGUGAUUUGCACUUGCAGCAUCACCACGUCUGCACGGGCUGGUGACAUUAGGCUGAGAGUUCGGCUGCAGUUCAGUUUGGACUUAACACAAAAAUGAUCUUAAUGGAAUGGGAAGUGCUGCAUUUGACCAGAUCAGUAUUUAAACAACCUUCGGUGUACUGAAGACCGCUUUUUAAAUCACAUCCAUGAUCAUGUUAAGAAAAGGUUUUGGGGCUAGAGUACACAGGGCAUAUUCAAUAAAAAGACCUAUAUAGUAAAAUCCAACAUGAUUGAGUGGUUUACCGUUUUGAUCCUUUACUGCUGUUUCACAUGUAUAUUUUUAAUUGCUAUUGUACAAACUGCUCGACUUGUAGUCAUAUGUGCAAGUAGCAUUCAGUUGAAGACUGGUGGCAACAGACGUUUGGAGGCAAAUACAACGGUGAGUGCUGUGGGGACUUUGCCUCUCGACCCUGACGCGCGCAUUCGAUAUUCAUCUUUGACUUAAUGUUCUUUUACAAUUUAUUUUUUAACACAAUAUUGAACUUUUUUUUUCUUUUUUUCCCGGAGUGUUUUUGUAACCUACCUCGCCAAAAUGUUUGGAGAGGGUUGCCGUCUGAGCUGAUAUGAAAGGACCAAACUGCAGAUGAAUUAUAUAGAGCCCCCCUUACUCUUUAUAGCGCCCUCAUUAAAAUGCCUGUCAUCAUGGGGUUUGGUGUCUAGGAGAACCGUCAUGUUUUGAGGUGUGUAGUCAGUGCUAUUUUUUAAAAUGGAUUUACGGAAUUGUUAACCUUUUGAGACCGAGCCGGUAUCAAGUUUUCUACAUUGGAUUCUGUAUAGUAUUUAUUUUAAUGGUCUUUAAAAAAAAUAAAGGUUUCUCCUCUAUCAGUGUAAA